AUGCCACGCAAAUUACGCGCAGCUGCGCAGGCAGCUGCCCAAUCUUUGAAGACAGCUCCGCCGACCAUCCCCGACCUGUCCGAUGAGGAGAUGGCUGACGUGCCCGCAUCGCCCGAGGCUUCGGUCGCGGACGAUAACGACGAUGAGUCAGACAAGGAUCUAGAGAUCGAACCGCCCGAGCCUGAGGACGAGGCCGUGCCGUCGCCUGCGCCCGAAUCGAACCCACCGUCGCGCGCCCCCUCGCCGCCCGCCCGGGGCGGUGGUCGCGUCUCGGCCAUCCCACGCAAGCGUCGAAUCGGUCGGCCGCCCAAGAACCGCCCGCCGGACUGGGAUGCCCCGGAUGAUGGAUCUGCUCCCGCCCCAGCCCAUUCGGGAACCCCAGUCAAGCGCCGGCGUGGACGGCCGGCAGCCAGUGGAGGGCGCUGGGCGCGGAACCGGGGUGCUUCGCAUGCGAGCCAAAUCCCAACCGAUAAGGACGGGAAGGCCAUGGAGAUUCUCAACGAUGAAGUGGCCCUGCCGGUUGACCCGGAGGGUGAGACCAAGGUCGACCGGGACGGCAAUCUGCUAGGCGGACGCGAGUACCGGGUGCGCACGUUCACCAUCCUCAACCGUGGGGACAGACAGUAUAUGCUGUCGACGGAGCCGGCACGAUGCAUUGGGUUCCGCGACUCGUAUCUCUUCUUCCAGAAACACCGGAUGCUCUACAAGAUCAUCAUCGACGAUGAGGCGAAGCGCGAUCUCAUCGAGCGCGAUAUCAUCCCGCAUUCCUACAAGGGUCGCGCCAUUGGCGUGGUCACGGCGCGUUCCGUCUUCAGAGAAUUCGGGGCAAAGAUCGUGGUGGGUGGCAGGAAGAUUGUGGAUGACUACGAUGUCAAGGCGGCAAGUGAGCGCGGAGAUGUCGAGGGCGACCUCGCCGUUCCCGAGGAUAGACUGCCUGCGCCCGGCGAGCCAUACAACAAGAAUCAAUACGUGGCUUGGCAUGGUGCUAGUAGCGUCUAUCAUACAGGCGCACCGUCGGUUCCGGUGCCGAUCGGCAAAGCCGUCGAUCCGAAGAAGCGCAAGGUCGCCGUGACUGGAGAUAACUGGAUGGUGGAGCAUGCACGGGAAGCCAGUAAUUUCAACACCCUUCUUCUGAACGGGCGUCGCCAGGUGAUGCAAGGAGUGUACGAUAUUCACACCAACGCCAUGCAUUAUCCUAAAAUCAUGCAGCCAUCUCACGCUCGCUGGGAGCAUAUUCCCCCAUCUGACCCCCAGACCACCUCCAGGUUGAUGAAGGGCAUGUCCACCUUGAGCCUGACGAAUGGCAGUGGCGAGUACGCCCAGGAAACAGAAGCAGAAACAAAGGCUGACCCCCAACCCGACUCGAAUGCCCAAUCGGCCGCGGAGAAAACUGGGGAAGAACAAGAAGCACCCACUACCAUCUUUUCAACCAUUCCGCCGGCCCUAUCCCGUCGCUUCGCCAUUCUCGAUGUCCACUACGAGACGCCCCCGCGUGCUAACUUCGGCCUCCCCGGCCCAGACGGGGAUGUGCAUGAUCUGGGGCCGAAUGGCCUCCUCAGUGCGUCCGACGCUCGCCAUCCAGAAUUCUUCUCCCCAGAGAUUCUCUCCGAGCUGCCCUCCGACUGCAGAGAGGCUCUCCUCGAGAGCGCUACCAGUGAAUGGGAGUGGAAGUCCAGGUGGCAAGGCGAGAUUGAACACGGUCACCGAGCGACUCCCUUGAAGAGCUAUGCCUGGUUCCCCUAA